UCUACUCAUUCACACUACUAAACAGUAAACAGAGUCAACAGGCCAAAGCACAAUCCCCGUUCACAGAUAAAAGCAAAAGUAAAAUGAUUGAAGAGCGCCGAGGAGUCCCAUACGGCGUCAUACUGGCGGUGGUCGUGGCGGUGGUCGUGGCGGUUCCGAUGUUCCUCGGGGAUCACGGUGAGGCCAUAACAGACUUCAUCUCCGAGCUCCUGAGCCCGGUGGGCCUCCUCCUCCUCCCAGUCGUCCUCCUUCUCGUCAUCCACUUCCUCUCCUCCGAUUCCGGCUCCUUCAUCUCCAGCAUCUUCUUCAGUACCGGAGAACCCGAUUCCAUCCACCGGGUCAGCGGGUCACCCGUCGGUGUUGCUCUCUUCCUCUGCCUCAUACUGUUUCUUCUCUACAACCGGUUCUCCAUUCUCGGCGGUGACAAUGAUUCCGGUGAUUGAUGAGUCUGUUUUUAAUAUGUUUUCUUUGCUUAAUUUUGUUUUCAUUGUUUUUGUUUUGUUUUCUUUGCUUUGAUUAUUGGACUGGAGUGUAUGUACAGUGUGUACGUAUAAUAUAGAGUUCAUGUAUGAAAA